UCCAAUGAGCAGCAUCUCCUCCUUUCUGACCAUCAUGGUAUUGCUCGUUGGACACGCUUUUGCAUAUCAUUCCUAAUUGACUGCCUGGGUGUUUUUACUCGUGGAAUGCACGAGAACUAGCCUCAUGACUGGUAAUCCUGGCCUGAUUAAGCCCUCCAUCUGCACGUUGUAAACUCUCUUCGAAAACAGCCGCCUGUCAUCUAUGAACUUUCAAUCUUUUGCGAAUCUCCCCCUAACCACCCCAGCUCAUACCCCCUAGUAAAAGCUGCUCCUGCUCGUACUGCUCUCUGAUAUCUUGAAUACUCAGGAACUAUACUCCAUCUCAGCUGCAUCUGUAGACGAUCAGUAUGCAAGCUUAUCAUGGCCAGCCGAUUGGUCCUUACAUCGGUCAGAAUCCCUAUGGUCAGAGCCAGGCAACGUACUAUGCUCCAUACGCUCCAUAUGCACCUCUUGCGGCCGCGCCUAACGUCCCAUUUCCUGGACCAUACGGCGGGGAUCAGUACGAUUCUCGUCCUCCACCGCAAGGGCCUCCCCCACCACAAGCUUUUGCACGACCACGUCAUAGACCUCUCAACAAACCCUCCAGAUCCGCUUCUCAGAAUGAGCCUAAAGAGCUGAAAGGAAUUCUCAAACCGUCUUCAUCUGUCGGUCAUGGUGAUCCUUCACUAUCAAGAACUCGAACCAAUUCCCAACGAGCAAGGGCGAAUUCAUCCACGAGACCACAACUGGAUAACUUUCCGCCGUUCGCGCCUGAACAUAUUUUCUUGGCCCUUCAAGGAACAAAUGAAAUUCGGUUAGAAGGCGUAUCAUAUCAACAAACCAUCGAUGAUCUUCGGGAGCAUGUCCUUCCAAUGUGGCCGCAUGGGGUUGCAAUGGAGGAUAGCAGGGAUCAUCGGUGGCGGGCACAGUUCGCAGGCAAUCCGUGGGCCGCUUCUGGCAUGGACGGUAUCUUUGCUCGUCGUCUGAUUUGUCGUCUAUUUGCAGUUUUGGCUCAUAAUGGCUAUAACUACUUGAGUACCGUCAACACUUCCGGAACUCCUUGUCGGCUACUGUUUCAUAUGGUCGAGCGGUCCCCGAGUGAAGCCAACCCGUAUUUCUUCAGUACCUGUUUCUCAAAAUCUGGGGACAAAAUCUCCAUCGUGGAUGCCCCUCCAGCGUUGGUGCAACAGCUCGGUCGGAAUCUUCGUAGUGUCUUCCCAAAUAAAGUAGCCUCUGAUCGUUUCGAAGAGGACAACGUUUAUAUCAUCCAAAUGAAGCGCAGCAUGGUUGCUUGUAUUCAAGGCUCUGAAGUGGACAAGACUCUUCUUUCAGCAUACAUUCUACAGUUCUUCAAAGCUGUUGGAUAUGAUCUCAAUGGUAGCUUGCCACUGGGCCGCAGGACGUCAGGUUUGAGCAUUGGAUCUAAAAAGGAGAUUUGGAUGUUCCGAGGGCAAGUGGCAAGGCCACCGAGCGCACACGGACAUCGAUAAGUACUUCGAGGUUUCAGUAUAUCAUUUGCUCAAUUGUAACUCUUUCUCGUAUUUGCUUUUAUGAAUAAUUGAAUCAGGUUCUCGACAGAAACGCCACUGCUACCGCCUUAUUCUGACAUCCGAUCUUCGUUGAGGGCAAGCAUGUAGUAUCUUGCAAACACGUUACAUUCGUCUACCA